GGUUGACAAUGAUUGACCUGAAUGAGGAACCAGAUGAAAAUAAUGGUGAUCCUUCCUACUGUACGCAACAUGCUGCUGGAAAUGCAGAAUUCGUGGCGGAAUCACCUAAUCCCCCUAUCAUGCAAAGAGUCGGUGCUGCUGCUACAGAAGCAAUGGAGACAGAUGGGCAGUCAAGUCGUGGAGGAGGGCCUCCGGAUAGUACACAAGUACAAGCAGCAGUAGCAGCUGAGAGUGAUGCUCAUACCCUUGAUGGCACAGGUGCUGUAGGUGAUACUGGUGGGACUGUUGGUAAUGGUUUGGGUGCUGAAAUUGGUGAUGAAGCAUGGUCACAGCCCAAGGAUCCUUAUGUGGACAUGAGCUUUGACACUUUGGAAGAUGCCAAGGAGCACUACAAUGCAUAUUCCUUGCAGAUGGUUUUUUUAGUCAAAAUGAAUACUUCAAGGAAGGAUUUGAAAAUCGGGGAGUUGAUAAAACAACAGUUUGUUUGCAACAAGUUUCGAAAGCCUGAUGCCGAUGAUGGAGGGGCAGAAAAGAUUCUUGUGCUAGAUGACAUUGUUGAGCAAGCAAAAGAUGAUAAUGAAGAUGAGGCUAUUGUCUUUCUUGAUGAUGACAGUAAGGGCAAAAAGAAGAGCAAGAAACGAAAAAGAGACAAAAUUGUGCAAACUGGUUGCAAAGCUAAGAUGAUUGUGAAGGUAAUAGAUGGCCGAUGUGAGGUGAUCUACUUUGUUGGCGAGCACAACCAUCUGUUGGUUGACAAGCCAUGUUUGACUAAGUACUUGCGAUCACACCAAGGGAUCCCGCCAGAAGAAAGGGCCUUCCUUACUCAUCUUCAUAACUGCAAUUUAACUACAGGUCAUAUGAUGCACAUCAUGUCAGAUUUCUAUGGGUCAGAACUCAUUGUACCUUAUGGCACUAAGCACAUUACAAACCUCAAGGCGCUCUUGAACAAGGAUGAUACAAAAGAAGGAGAUAUGAUAGAGACAGUUGCUUACUUUAAAGAUCAGCAGAAAGAGGAUCCAGAAUUUUUUUACAAGAUAAAAUAUGAUGAGGAGGACAGGUCAACUCAUUGCAGUGAGGGGUUCAACGCUGUCCUUAAGCGAUAUGUGAACCCACACAAGUCCAUUUUGAACUUUGUGAAGCAAUAUCAGAAAAUCCAAACACACAUACUAGUCCGGGAGGGUUCAAAAGACUACAGGACAGGACAUUUGCAGACUGAGAUGUGGUCAUCUUACCCAAUAGAGAAGCAGGCGUACGGAUCAUAUACUAGGGACUUGUACGAGAAGUUUCGUGAUGAGUUUCAAUUGACUACAAGGUACAAGUGUGACCGCAUGGGGCUCAACAAUGACAAGGCCCGUGCAAGCACUAAGAGGAGCUGCGCCACAGCUUUUGAUGGAUACGACACUAGCAAGAGGGCCUGCGCCCUAUGGGUCCUAGACCAGCAACCUGGCCUGCACCACAACCUAUGGGGGCUAUACAACCACCGCAGGGGCCUAAUGCAUCAAACACAAACUAUGUGA